AUGCAGCAGCACAAUUUUCCUACAGAAAUAAUAGAGGAGCAGAAUGCUAAGACAAACAUCCUGUAUGACCUUCUGGACUCUUCGCUGCACAGAAUACUUCUGAUCAUAUUCACUUUCAUCGGGUUUGUCACGCUGUUCGUGCUGGCUAAUAUUCUUAUUUGUAUACUGGUUAUCUACAUAAAAGGAUAA